AUGAAGGUGCUUUAUUAUUUCGAUGACCAAAUAGGGAAUUUUAUAUAUGGUCUUGGGCACCCAAUGAAGCCGCAUAGGGUAAAAAUGUGCCAUUCUUUGCUUCAGAAUUAUGGGAUGCUUGAUCAGUUAGAAGUAAUUGAUGGCACUGCAGUUCCUGUUACAAUUGAAGAAGAUUUGUCCUAUUUUCACACUGAAGAUUAUAUUGAUUUUCUUAAAACAGUCACCCCUGACAAUCUUAAUGACUAUUUAGACCUUUUUAUUGGCUUUAACAUGGGUGAAGACUGCCCUAUUUUUGAAGGUUUAUGGGAUUUCUGCAAGCUUACAACCUCAGGUAGCAUAAUCGGCGCCAACGCUAUCAAUGAAGGAAGAAAUCACAUUGCAGUUAAUUGGUCAGGUGGUUUCCACCAUGCAAAGCAGCAGGAAGCAAGCGGGUUUUGUUAUAUAAAUGACUGUGUAUUAAGUUCUUUAGAGCUGUUGAAAAAUCAUUAUAGAGUGCUUUAUAUUGAUAUUGACAUUCAUAAUAAUAAUAAUAAUAAAAUGGCUCAGUGCGGAAUUAGUUCUCUCCGAGAACUAUUCCUUCUUUCGCUUUUAUUAUUAUAGGGUUUAGUUUUCCACGUGGACCUUUAUCCGCAACACCAAUAUGGAAUACCACAUAGGGUAUUUCUUUGGUCCAGGGUAUUAGGAACAUGUGGUUUUUCUGCUUGACACACCCGAGGAGGGUGACCCUUAGCGGAACACGCGCAGGAAUCAAGUUCGGGGAGGCAACGCGGCCAGUGCGGACCUUCUGGCCUGACGAGUGAAGUCUUCUGGAAUGCCAACAUAUAGGGAGGAUCGCUGCUGACGUCACUAGUUGGGAGUUAAAAGGAUGGGCUUAUGCAUGCCUAAAUCAUUCUGCGGAAGAGGUAAGACACUUUAAACACCUAAGUAAAUAAGUAAGUAAGAUAUUGACAUUCAUCAUGGUGAUGGCGUUGAGGAAGCUUUUUAUACCACAAAUAGAGUCAUGACGUGUUCUUUCCAUAAGUUUGGGAACUAUUUUCCUGAUACUGGGAAUUUUAAUGACACUGGGCAUGGGAUUGGAGAUGGGUAUAGUGUAAAUGUCCCACUGAGUGAAGGGAUGGAUGAUGAUAGCUAUAUAAUGAUAUUCAAGCCUGUCAUUGCAACAAUUAUGGAAACUUAUGACCCUGAAGUCAUUAUUUUGCAGUCUGGAGCUGAUAGCUUGUCAGGGGAUAGGCUUGGCUGCUUUAAUUUGUCAAUUAAAGGGCAUGGUGCUUGUGUCGAGUAUGUAAAAAGUUUUGGAAAGCCAGUUUUACUGAUAGGUGGAGGAGGAUACACACUAAGAAAUGUGUCAAGAUGCUGGGCAUAUGAAACUGGAAUUGUAUGUGGGCGUGAGCUGGAUUUUAAGCUGCCAGACUGGGAUGAGUACUUAGGAUACUACGGGCCUGAUUUCUCUUUAAUUCCUUCAAUUAGCAAUAUGGAAAACCAAAAUUCAAAAGAAUAUCUUCGACACUCAGCAGAAAGAGUUGUAACGAUGCUUAAAGAAAAAGUGAGUGCGGUGUCCCCGACAAUUUCAAAUUAUACAGAAACUCCAUUUUAUAAUAUAGUGAAUUCUAUUAGAUGGCGCGCAAUGCGCCAUCACUGGGCCAUGUCGGGAGAGGGUUCUCCACGAGAAAUGGUUCCACGUGUGGAACCAUCUUUUUGACUCGUGGAAAAAGAGGGUUCCACACGUGGAACCAUUCCUCGUGGAGAACCCUCUCCCGACAUGGCCCGGUGAUGGCGCAUUGCGCGCCAUCUAUAGGAAGGCGCUAUACCCCGAACCCCCGAUACUCAAAUGACAGUCUCCAAAAGAAAAAAGAUUUAGAUAUGGAAAGAGAAGAUUAA